AUGGACCUCAUACCAGGUCUCCCCAAUGACGUCGGUUUAGAGUGUCUGAUUCGCGUCCCUUACAACCACUUCUCCUCCGCCGCCUCCGUUUGCCGGAGCUGGAAGUCGGAGAUUGACCUUCCUCUGUUUCGGAACCACCGCAAGUCCGCCGGGCUGAGCCGUCGCAUCGUCGUGAUGGUGCAGUCGCAUCUUGAUUCGAACAUGAACCACGGGUUACGGAAGUAUAUGAUUACACCGGUUUACCGUCUCUCCGUUUACGAGCCGGAAACGGGUGACUGGAGUGAGCUGCCGCCGAUCCCUGGGUUUUCCGACGGGUUACCUUAUUUUUGUCAGAUUGCUCCGGUCGGGUAUAAUCUUGUGGUGAUGGGCGGGUUAAGCCCGGAGAACUGGGAGGCUUCGAAUUUUGUUUUUGUGUAUAACUUCGUUUCCGCCACGUGGCGACGUGGGUCCGAUAUGCCAGGGAGUACAAGGUCGUUUUUUGGAUGUGCGUCGGAUAAUGAGCGGAGAGUGUUCGUCGGCGGCGGACACGAUAACGAAAAGAAUGCACUCCGGUCAGGGAUGAUGUAUGACGUGGCGGACGAUAGAUGGGUUAUACUACCUUACAUGGCAGACGAGCGUGACGAAUGCAAAGGAGCUUUCCACCGUGGCAAAUUCUACGUCAUUGGUGGGUACAACACGUCAAUGCAAGGGAAGUUUGGGACAAGCGCAGAAGCUUUCGAUGUUUCCACGUGGCGAUGGGAUAAAAAAGAAGAUGAGUUCUUAGGAGCUGACACGUGUCCGAGAACAUGCGUGGACGGUGGUGAUGGGGUGAUGUGUAUGUAUCAAGAUGGUGUGAUCGUAGCACUGGAUCAUUCUUUUAAAACGAGGAUCCCAAAGGAUCUGGAUAGAGUACAUUGUGUAAUCGGAUGCGAAGGAAGGUUAUUAGCCGUUGGAUCUGUUGGAUUUGGUAAAAGUCAUGGGGUAUACGUGUUAGAUCUGAAGAGCCACACGUGGAAAAAGGUGGAGACGCCGGAGGAAUAUUCCGGCCACGUUCAGUCCGGUUGUUGUUUGGAAAUAUAA